AUGCGUAAACUCCUCGAGCACUCGGCACCUCUUCUCGCGAACUUUUCAUUCCAGUCAUGGUGCGCUCCUUCCCGCUUUCGUUCCGGACAGAACCUUGACAGAAAACUAUGGAUAGUCUCAUGGCAUGAGGGAAUUGAUCGGCCAGAACCUGGAACUGGCAUCAAACUACAUUUCAAGGAUUCGAAAGGUCAACUUAUCAAAACAGUCGAGGCCAAUGAAGGCGAUGAUAUACUUUCAAUAGCGCAUGAGUAUGACAUAGACCUUGAAGGUGCAUGUGAGGGCUCUGUGGCAUGCUCAACCUGCCAUGUUAUUCUCGACCCGGAUCAAUACGACAUCCUUCCAGAACCCGAAGAUGACGAGAAUGACAUGUUGGACAUGGCUUUCGGAUUGACAGACACCAGUCGGUUAGGCUGUCAAGUCCAUGUCACGAAGGACUUGGAUGGAAUGACAGUUACUUUACCAUCUGCGACAAGGAACAUGUUUGUUGAUGGUGAGUAA